AUGUUGAAGCAAAUCAAGCUCGCAACAAGAAUAUUGAUCAAGUCUUCUGUGAAACCAAUGGAACAUGGCACUCCUGUUAUACCUUACAUUCCAGGACCAACACUGCCAUAUCACCCAAAGCACGGCAGGGUCGCAUACACUGAAAUCACCUACAUGAGAAAUAAAAGCUCAGACAAGCUAAAAGCGACGGCAAUAAUCUCCUUCACCAACCUCCUUGACUAUUAUUUCUUCUCUUUCAAGCAUUUUCAUAUUGGUGACAGCAGCAAACUCAUUGUCUGCUUGAGAGCUCUUUUCAUCAAGGCUGUCUCUCUCAGGCUAGCUCAGGCACGAAACCUACAAUGUUGUGUCUUUAAUGUGAGAGAAACCAUAAAACAAGAAAAACCAAAACUUUUUUCGAGAGGCAAUGUGAGAAACUCAUAA